AGUCGCUGUCCAAUCACAGUUCAGGAAUUCUCGCACGUCGUUACUUCCUGUAUAAUCCCCUUUCCUGAUUGGCUGACGUCGGUAAAGACAGAUACUAUACGCUGAUGCCAAGUAUUCGAAUGAAAAGACGCGGAUCGUCAUGUGCUCUCCGUUACGUAAUUAUCCCUACGAAAGUUCCAGGAUCAUCGAAAGAAGCACGUGUUGAAUUUAAGGUAUCAACCAGCAUAUUUCGGUUAGCUGUUUAGAGCUCUUUGAGUAUUUGCCUCUGAGCGGCCGCCGAAUAUGGCGUUAGCUGCUAUCCGGCAGCUGUCAAUUGAUUCGACCUUCAGUCAUUUAAGCCAUUUGAGAUCCACCUCCCGGCGGUGCGGACCGUCACUAGCAGCGCUUGCACGUGAGUUUGCCGCGGUCGCCGAGAAGAUGGGCUUGCCACGAGUUUUCUUCGACAUGACUGCGGACAACAAGCCGCUGGGUCGCAUCGUUAUGGAGUUGAGGAGCGAUGUCGUUCCAUUAACUGCGGAGAACUUUCGGGCUUUGUGCACUGGCGAAAGAGGCUUCGGCUACAAAGGGUCUGGUUUUCAUCGGGUGAUACCGAAUUUCAUGUGCCAAGGUGGAGACUUCACGAAGCACAAUGGUACAGGGGGUAAAUCCAUCUAUGGACUCCAAUUUAAAGACGAAAACUUCAGUUUGAAGCACACAGAGCCUGGUAUUUUAUCAAUGGCUAAUUGUGGACCUAAUACGAAUGGCAGUCAGUUUUUCAUCACUACUGCCAAAACUAGGUGGCUAGAUGAAAAACAUGUCGUCUUCGGCAAAGUAGUCGAAGGAAUGGAUAUCGUUAGAAAGAUUGAAACAAUGGGCUCACAGAGCGGCAAGACUUCCAAGAAGAUUAUGAUAGCAGAUUGUGGAGAAACAUAGAUCGACUGAAUUUAUCCAUGAUCACUCCUUAAUUAAUCAUUGUCUCUUUCUGCCAUUAAUUUUAUCUAAUGUACUGACUGUAUGGUAGAUGCACUGCUGUUCCAUUUCUGGGCGUUCUUGGUGAUCAAGUAAUUUCACCAAAAGAUUCCAACAGAGUGUCAAGUCUUGAACCAUUGAUUUUCUUCUAUCAUAUCGUGCAAAGUGUAGUGGUGAAUUGAAAUAUGCUAAAUUAAUGCAGCGCAAUUCCCAUUGUAAUCGUGAAGUCAGUUAUUCAGCCACAAGUUUGCGGUUUGAACAAUCUUCACUGUCAUAUAUUUUUUAAAUCGUUUAUCUACUUCCGAGCUGAAGGACCUAUAAUUGUACAUUAUUAGUGAGUAAAAUGUCAUUGGUGGCUUUCACGGUAGAUGCUCAUACUGUAUCCUUCGUAGAUCUAUGGAUCGAUCGACUUUGAACUAUCUUAGAUGGGUGUAUUAACUCAUUUGGUUUAUGUGUAGUUUCAAAACCGAAAAGUAUAAUUGUAACCUGGUUAGUUACAAUUCCUGUGAAAUAAAAUUGUCUUCUGAGAGAAA